AUGACUUUGAGGGACUCGGCCGCCAUGCAAGUCUCUAUAGCAAACUGCGACACCCUUUCGGCCUCAAACGUACCCGAUCCUGGGCCUGGUCAUCUUGGGCUGGUACCGAGAUGCGGCGCUUGCAUGGACACCAUCUUUCGACACGAGAGAGUCGUAGCAUUGUUGAGUAACGAAGGCUCGACUUCAAAUGGCAAGAGGACGCGGCCGUUUCCCUUUCCGCAGCUAGGCUAUCCCAAUACACUGGUUGACGGAUACCGACUUUGUCGACACCCUGCCUGUGGCAUAUGUGCCCGUUCGCCCGAGUGCGUCCCCAUUCACCAUGAUUAUUACGGGUGGUCCGUGAAGGGGGGGUCUAGCUUAUUACGGAUCAUGCACAUUUGCGGGCUUCCACGGCUGCAGUCUCUGCCACCAGAACUCGUGGAGCUCAUCCGGCAGCUAAGUCCACACGCCCUGUUUUGGCGUGCCAUCUCCACCAUCAGUCUAGCUAGCAACGUCACGAUCCCGCCACAGCCGUUGCUUGUAUUUCCCCUGAAAGACAUAGAAACCUGGAAACGUGGGGAGUCGGUCGUGCGCAUCACGGAGCAAACGGGGCGAUGCCGACCUAUGACGCGCCUUACCGUUGACUCGGAAGGGAUCCAGAAGAUUGAUCGGCUUCCAGCGACACCCAAGUAUCGUCGCGGGGAGACGGUAAGCCGUUAUGCCUACAUUGUGGAAAGAGCGGAAGCUCUCUCCAGUGUACAGGCACAUCUAAAGGACAAUCUUUUACGACUCAUGCUACCCUCGAGUCUACCGGCUCUACGAACUUGGGACACGCCCGCCCCUCCUAUACUAGACAAUUGCCGACUUUGCAGCAUACACGUGCAUGAUUCGGACGAAUCAUGCGCCUUGCCAGCAUACCAUCGUCUAUCGAAUCGAUGUCAAAAAGGCGCGGUUUGGAUUUAUUGGCCGAUUGCGCGGCAAGACAGCGUUGUUGCCCUUAGUAUCCGAGGCGAAUUCGAUAUUCUGAUUCGGACUCGGCUCAUUGGCAAUGUUGUCGUCGGUUCGCGAUUCCGAGGCGCUGAGGCCGGCCUAUGGCUUGGUGGUACGGGCAAAUGCACCCUACUAUACGGUGAGCCUCGGGAAGGCGAGAAUAUUCCCUUGAUCGGAGGAUGCUGUUCCGCCCAUGCGCCCUUUACAGCCCGAAUACAAUCCAUUCCAAGACCGGAGAAGGACUGUCGCAUGCACUUCUCCGCGGCCCCUAUUGGCAUGGUCUCUUCUGCCCCCGUCUGGUACGAUGAACAGAACGGAUUUUGCCGAGGCAUCUUAUUUGAAUACGAGAACGGCGAACUGCGGGCUGUGGGACAAUGCCGCCUACAUGUCGAUCCAAGUAAGAAGUACGUACGACCAUCGAGACUUUGUUUCCGGACAAAUAUCCGAGUCGGACACAAGGUCCAGGGCACUCGCGUUGUAUUCGAAUCCGGCGAAUCCGCUCAUUCUCACUAUGACUACUCUGCUGAUGACGGAUGGCAAUGCAAGGCUCUUAGGGGCACUUUGAUGUUCUGGUUUUCUAAUCGGUGUUCAUUGCUAUGCGUAGAACAAACAUAG